GGCGUCACGAACUACGUCAUCUUUGUGGGCCGAAGCUUAGCAGAUGGGGUUCUCUUUUUCUCCUUUCCCUCCUUCCAUCAUGUUGUAGCCUCAUCAUCUGCUUGGAGGCAAUAAUACAUACCGUCUAAUGAAAGCUCGUGUAUGUUCUGGUGGGGGGGAUUUGCCAUCCGAAACCGAUCGGUUCCGUCUGCACGCUAUAGGUAAUGAACGACGAGACAGAACCGGAGAGCUGGAAGAGAAACUCCGGGAGCUCCAGUAUUGAGCAAAUGCUGGCUGUGAAUCCCGGAAAGACGCCCAUCAGUCUGCUGCAGGAGUAUGGAACGCGGAUAGGCAAAACCCCAGUGUACGACCUGCUGAAGGCCGAGGGACAGGCCCAUCAGCCCAACUUCACAUUCCGCGUCUCUGUUGGAGAGAUCAGCUGCACCGGCCAAGGGCCCAGCAAGAAAGCAGCCAAGCACAAAGCAGCCGAGGCUGCUCUGAAGAUGCUCAAGGGAGGCCUCGGAGGCCCAGUUGGAGUCGCUCUUGGAGAAGACGGUUUUACUGAAGUUGAUGUGCCUGUGGAUGGAGACAGCUCUCAGUCAGAGAUGAAGACUUCAAAUAGUUCCCAGCAGUCUGAAUGUAACCCUGUAGGAGCCCUGCAGGAGUUGGUGGUGCAGAAAGGAUGGCGUUUGCCAGAGUACACAGUCACUCAGGAGUCUGGUCCAGCUCAUCGCAAGGAGUUCACUAUGACCUGCAGAGUCGAGAGAUUUGUAGAAAUCGGAAGCGGCACAUCUAAGAAACUCGCCAAGAGAAAUGCUGCCGCCAAGAUGCUUUCACGGAUACACAACGUGCCGGUGGAUCUGAGGAGUAGCAAUGACGCAGAAACAGAGGAGGACACAUUUAAUAUUCACAUGGGAAGCAGGACGGAAUCGGGUAAAAGUAAAGGCUACAGCUGCACGUGGGACUCCCUGCGCAACUCUGCUGGAGAGAAGAUCCUGCAGCUCCGCAGCCACCCUCUGGGCAUGCCUUCGGACUCCAACUUCUGUUCCCUGCUGAGCGACCUUUCUGCAGAGCAGCGCUUCGACGUCAGCUACCUUGAUCUAGAGGAGCGCAGCCUCAGCGGCCUCUGUCAGUGUUUGGUGGAGCUGUCAACGCAGCCAAUCACAGUGUGCCAUGGCUUCGCUCAGAACGUAGACGCUGCUCGAGCCAACGCGGCUCACAACGCACUGCAGUACCUGAAAAUUAUGGCAGGAGGGAAAUGACACGCCUUCUCCGUUUCCUAGCCACAGACUCGACCUCACCAGUACACAAUAUGCCAUCAAACAUCUCCUCUUUGGACGAAGGAGGUAUUUUUGUGACAUAUUUAGAAAACAAAAACAAGGAAACCUCAGAUUUGACAAUGAGAGACUUUUUCUGCCCUGAUAUUUACACAUGGAGUCAUUGUUUUUAUUUUUUUAUUGAUUAAUAGUGCCACUAUUCAUAUUGCUGUCUAAAAUUUCUAAACAUUAUGUACAAUUUUGUCAUAAAUUGUUUUAAAAAAAAACUUUUCCCCCUUUUUUAAACUUUUGACUUCAUGUAAUCCAAUAUAUUUUCCUAAAUAUGACCAAUAAAUACAUACAUCUCAGAAACUUUAAAUGUUGCUGUAUCAGAGUAGGCAAUGUUUUGCAGCAAAAUAUAA